CUGAAAUCCGAAUUAGCCCCGUCCACACGGCGGCUCAAGCAGAGGACAGCCAUCGGCCCUCGAAACCCCCCCUGGCACGGCGGCGACGAACGGAGCGACCGGACGGCGAUGAAGACGGUGAGCCUCGGCGCCCCGCGGUCCUCCACCGUGAAGUUCCGCAUGCCGACGAGGGACAACCUGGUGCCGAUACGCGUCGACAUCGAGGUGGACGGCCAGCGCUACAGGGAUGCCUUCACCUGGAACCCCCGCGAUCCCGACUCGGAGGUCAUAACCUUCGCCAAGAGGACGGCCAAGGAGCUCAAGCUUCCGGCCACCUUCGUCCCUCAGAUUCUCCAGUCCAUCCAGGGGCAACUGGCGGAGUUCCGUUCCUACGAGGGGCAGGAGAUGCAGGUCAAGGAGAAGAUUAUGCCCCUCAAGAUUGACCUCCGAGUGAACAAUACGACAAUUAGAGAUCAGUUCUUGUGGGAUAUAGGCAACCUUGAAAGUGAUCCUGAGGAAUUUGCAAGGACAUUAUGUGAUGAUUUGAACAUUACAGAUCCUGAAGUUGGGCCUGCAAUAGCUGUUUGCAUCCGUGAGCAACUUUAUGAGAUUGCUAGUCAGACUGUUUCUGCUAUGAGAGAAGCUAAAAUGUCAAAGAAAAGGCGAGCACCAGAAUUUGCUUCUAAUAGUAAAGCCAUGAACAACGCAGUGGACAUGUUCAAGUAUUUUGGGAGCAAAGGAAGUGUCAUUCGGAAAAGGAAGGAGUGGUACCUGUACGAGCCUGUUGUAGAUGUCGUGCCUAAAGAGGAAGCUGCGGUUGUGGAUGCAAAGGAGCAGCUUAAAUAAACUCUAGUGUCGUGUGCAGGUGUUGGUGCGAACCCUGAAGGCUGAAGCGAGGGCGAAGAUUGCCGGGCAGCCGUGAAGAACUUGCAGCUGCCAACCUUCCCUUCCUGCCUGUCAACGGGUUGUAUGUAGGACCUCCGUCGUUGUAUACAGCUUGAGCAGCGCGAGUGCUCGAGGUAGAAUAGGCUAGCUCGGUAAAUACCCUGCUUCCCCCCACCCCGUUACCGAGGAUCAUAUCAUGUGAUGCCGAUGUUGACUGGAAACGAGACCGCAUCCGGCUGGGAACAUUCUGUUGUGCUAAUAGUUUCAGCUGUCAAUGUCAAAAAAAAAAAACAGUUGCAUA